UAUAUACGCUGGAUGACUGUAGACGUAGCCGUAGCUCUGAAAAAAAAAACCGUUUCGGACACUAGCACGACCUGCACGUAGUACAUACGUAUCGAUACAUGUAGUUUGUACAAGUUGUAAUACCGGCCCUGUCGUGUACGCUGAGCGUUGUUGGAAAUCGUCGGGAACUUUUGACGGUUUGUGCUUUCUUUUUGAACGAAGUUCCGGGACCGCUGAGUGAUUCCGUUUCAUUGUCUGCGAAAGGGUCGGCUGAAACUGAAAGUAUGCCGACGUACAAACUGACAUACUUCAAUGCGAGAGGUUUGGCCGAAUUGGCGCGGCUGAUGUUCGCAGAGAAAGGAGUCGAGUAUGAAGACGUUCGCAUUGAACGAGAUGAGUGGGCGGAUUUAAAACAAACUACACCUCUUGGUCAGCUGCCAAUGCUUCAGGUGGAUGAUCUGUGUAUCCCACAGAGUAAAGCCUUCAGCCGCUACCUGGCUCGGGAGUUUGAUUUCUAUGGCUCCACAAACUAUGAGGCAGCAUGCAUUGAUGUUGUGACUGAAACCAUUGAUGACCUGUUGCAGGGACUGAGGCGGUUCUUGGUGGAACCAGACGAGGCACUCAAGGCCAAGAAAAAGGAUGAAUAUUACUCUGAAGAGGGCCAGGGGCCGGCUGGUUUGAAGCGCCUUGGAAAGCUUCUUGGAGAUCAGGAAUACUUUGUCGGAAACAAGAUGUCCUUGGCUGAUUUCUGCAUGUUGAUUGCUGGUGACUGGUACCUGAAAAGCAAUGAUAAGGGCAUGGACAACUUCCCAGCGCUAGCUGCUCACCGCAACCGGGUCAUGGAACGACCGAACAUUGCCAAGUGGAUAGAGACUCGCCCCAAGACAGAAUUUUAAAGAGGUGCCAGUUUCAAAAGCUCAGCAAGAUUUUGAAUGUCAGAACCAAAGAUCGUAUAGCACCGAAGGCGCAAGAUGGAUAACUCUACCCAAAAGAUGUAAUUACCAUGGGCGCCAUUUGAGCAAGCGAUACACCUGCGCA